UUGCCAUCCAAUAAGAUCCUCAACGAAAUGAGACGGCUUGACGACAAAAGCUCCAUGGUUGGACCACGUUCCCAACGUGAACGCCAACAAGGGAUCUUUCUUUACUACUGUUCUUUCCCAUGAUUUGGCCAAUUCAUUGUAAUCCGUCAUGUCAGUCCACAAGCAUUCCAAGAACACACCCUCUCUCUCUCUCUCUCUCUCUCUCUCUCUCUCUGCAGUGCGUGCCUCCUCCGCUCUUCUUCUACAACUCCAUUAACUCAGAUUUGAAGGAGAGAUUUCCGUGUGACAGUAAGAGAUGAAGAUACAGUGUGAUGUUUGCGGCAAAGAGGAGGCUUUGGUGUUCUGCUGCGCGGACGAGGCCGCUCUCUGUGACGCCUGCGACCGCCGGGUGCACUGCGCCAACAUCCUCGCCGGCAAGCACCGCCGCUUCUCCCUCGACUCCCCCUCCGUCCGCUCCAAUCCCCUCUGCGACGUCUGUCAGGAGAAGAGAGCAGUUCUGUUCUGCCGAGAGGACAGAGCGAUCCUCUGUGGAGCCUGCGAUGCCUCCAUACACAGCGCCAACCACCUCACCAUGAAGCAUAGCAGGUUCCUCCUCACCGGCGUCCGCUUCUCCGCCGCUCCCAUCUCGGAACCCGAGCCAGUGACGGCGGCGUAUAGCUUCUCCGCCACUGCCAUAGUCCCCGCCGCCUCUACGACCUCGGCCACAGCCAACUUCGGCGCCAGUAGCAUCUCGGAGUAUCUCAUCAAGAUGUGCCCAGGCUGGCACGUUGAGGACCUACUGGAUGAUGAUGCGGCCGCCAACGUCGCCAUGGAUGGCUUCUCCAAGGUGGAUGAGUCGCUGCCUUCCCUGGACGCUGAUCUGGACGGCGGCGGCGGGCUGGAAACCAUCUGCGCGCCACACGUACCUCAGCUUCCUCCACCAGGUCCUCCUGCCGGCGGCGCCGCCCACGACCAGCAUCGGCACGGAGGCAACAAGGUAGGAAUCAACUUCCGAGAGCGGACCGAGCAGGCGCUCGUGGUGCCUCAGAGCCACCCUAUUCCGACUCCCAACAAGAGACGAAGGCGCCCUCUUUGGUCCUGACACUGAGUUAAGUUUGGCUUUGUGCUUUUGGUGUGCAUGGGGUUAAUCACAUAUUAGCUUGUAAUUAAUUAUCUUUAAUAUCUCUAUCCUUUCAAAAGUCA